AUGGAGAGCCCGGUGGCCGCCUGCGUCCUCUACCCGGGGGACGCAGCGUGCGGCGCGGCCGGGGCUCCGGGAGAGGGCGGCCUGCCGCCGCCGGACGCGGCCGAGGGGGAGGGCGCCGCGUCCCCGUCCCCGGCGCAGACGCCCUGCAGUCUCAGCGCGUCGCUGUGCUUCAGCUCCGGGGACGACUCCCCGCCGCAGUCUCGCGCCUCCUCCGCGGCGGACGGCGCCGCGGCCUCCCCGCCCUCGAGUCGCGGCGGCCGGCGGGUGGUGGCGAGGCAGUGGGAGGUCGGCAGCGCGGGCGCCGCGUCCCCGGAGGAGCCGGCGUCCCCCGAGGAGCGCACGUCCCCCGAGGAGCGCACGUCUCCCGCGGAGCCCGCGUCCCCCGAGGAGCGCACGUCCCCCGAGGAGCCCGCGUCCCCGGAGGAGCCGGCGUCCCCCGAGGAGCGCACGUCCCCCGCGGAGCCCGCGUCCCCCGCGGAGCGCCCGCCGGCCGAGGGGCCCGCGUCCCCGGAGGAGCCCGGCGACCCCGCGCCCCUGCCCCCCGGCGUCGGCCCGGAGCACGGGGAGCCCGACCUGCUCAUCGAGGCGUCGGGCCGCCGGCUGCGCGCGCACAAGGCGGUGCUGGCGGCGCGCAGCGACUACUUCCGCGCGCGCGCCUCGCGGGACGUGCUGCGGGUGCAGGGCGUGGGCUGGGCGGCGCUGCGGCUGCUGCUGGCCGACGCCUACAGCGGGCGCAUGGCGGGCGUGCGGCCCGACAACGUGGCCGACGUGGUGGCCGGCGCGCGCCGCCUGCAGCUGCCCUGCGCCGCGCAGCGCGCCGCCGACGCCGUGGCGCCGCAGCUGAGCCUGGCCAACUGCCUGCAGGUGCUGGGCGCGGCCAAGCGGCAGCGGCUGGCCGAGCUGCGCGAGGCGGCCUACCGCUUCAUGAGCGACCACUACCUGGAGGUGCUGCGCGAGCCCUCCGUCUUCGGGCGCCUGUCCGGCGCCGAGCGCGACCUGCUGCUGCGCCGCCGCCUGCGCGCCGGCCGCGCCCGCCUGCUGGCCGCCGCGCUCGGGCCGCCCGGGGAGCGCGCGGGCAGCCGGCCGCAGAGCCCGUCGGCGGAGGCGGAGGCCCGCGGCGCCGCCGCCGCCGUCUACUGCUUCCAGGAGGCGGCCGGCGCCUGGCGCGAGCUGACGCGGCUGCCCGAGGGUGCGCCGGCGCGGGGCUGCGGCCUGUGCGUGCUCUACAACUACCUCUUCGUGGCCGGCGGCGUGGCGCCCGCGGGCCCCGACGGCCGCGCGCGGCCCUCGGACCGCGUCUUCUGCUACAACCCGGCCACCGACCGCUGGAGCAGCGUGCGGCCGCUGCGCCAGGCGCGCUCGCAGCUACAGCUGCUGGCCCUGGACGGCCACCUGUACGCCGUGGGCGGCGAGUGCCUGCUCAGCGUGGAGCGCUACGACCCGCGCGCCGACCGCUGGGCCGCCGUGGCCCCGCUGCCCCGCGGCGCCUUCGCCGUGGCGCACGAGGCCGCCACCUGCAACGGCGAGAUCUACGUGUCGGGGGGCUCGCUCUUCCACCGCCUGCUCAAGUACGACCCGCGGCGCGACGAGUGGCAGGAGUGCCCGUGCAGCAGCAGCCGCGGGCGCUCGGCCGACAUGGUGGCCCUGGACGGCGUCCUCUACCGCUUCGACCUGGGCGGGGGCCGCGGCGACGCGCCGGCGGCCGGGGGGGUCAGCGUGCUGCGCUACCACUGCCUGGCCAAGCAGUGGAGCCGCUGCGCCUCGGCCCUGCGGCCCCCGGGCGCGCCCGCCGGCCUGCCGCCCUUCCGCUGCGCCGCGCUGGACGGCAGCAUCUACUGCGUGAGCCGCGCGGGCACCUGGCGCUUCGUGCCGCCCCCGGACGGCGAGCCCGGCGCCGGCGACGCGGGCCCCGGCGGCAGCUUCGAGCUGCGGUCGCUCCAGGUGCCCGCGGACGCCCGGGGCCUGCUCCUCCCCUUCGCGCUCAACCUGCCGGAGAGGGCGGAGCGAGGCGAGGAGGGAGCCGCGUAG